AUGAACACACCAUACAACUACGGAAACGUAAACGUCAACUGCCAGGUAUCAAUAAAAAACAAAAAUCUGGUGAGCACGCAAAAUGAGGAGGCGAACGACAGGUACAAUGAGCACAGCGUGAGGAAUAACUACCGACAGUGCGGCGAUAAAAACGUGCAAAUGUAUAGUAACAUCUGCAAUGUAUUGCGCGGCGGCAGUGUGAGAAGCGGGUCAAACGCUCUCAACGGGUCAAACGCUCCCAGCGGGUCAAACGGGUCAACUGCCCCCAACGGGUCAAACGGGUCAACUGCCCCCAACGGGUCAAACGGGUCAAACGGGCCAAAUGCAAAUGCUCCCAACGCGCCAAAUACCCCCAACGGGCUUCACUGCCCCAGCGCGAACCACAUGCACGACGCACCCGGCGAGAUCUACCACAACCAGGUGCACAACAAAGCGGAGGCAAACCGAAACAAGCGUCCAUAUGUGCAUCCUCAAAAUAGGAUGACCUAUAGGAUUAGUGAAAUGAACGAAUCUGAUAAGGGUGCCGCUUUUACAAAGUGCGGCGCGUAUAAAGAUACCUACACCAACCAGGGGGAGCACUUUACACAGUGUACGAAGAAAAAAAACGCCAACAUGGUGAAUGCCGCAACGGAUAGUAGCCACACAAAUUUUACCAUUCGUGGGGCAAGCAGUUGUGGGAUGAUGCCCCCCUUUAUCAACCACGCAACGGGUGAAAGUCCUACAAGUGGAGAGAGCCCUCCAAAUGGAUUCACACAGGAUAGUCGCAACUACCGCAUUGGUGCGAACGGAGGAGGGAACCACCUGAUGUUCCAUGACGCCAAAAGUUAUGGCAGUAAAGAAAUUCGCGAUAAUGUUUUUCCCCCCAAUAGUCUUCUUAACACAUUUGAGAGCGCCCCGAACUACCCGUUUGCUGUGCCCUCAAAUGGAGUGUACCAAGCGGGACAAAUGUACCGCAAGGAAGAGAAGGACACCUCAGAUGAAUUUAGCUCCCUCUGCUUUGGCGGCAAUAAAUCGAGUAGCAAGUUCACUUAUCGAAAGAACAACACACAACAAAGGAACAAUUGCGCUGAUGGGAUGACAACAACCAAUUCGUACGUGGCAGAAACUGCUGAUUAUGAUGCACACCAGAAGAGCAUUCAAAAUGUGGAUUUACUCCCUCGUAAAAGUGGCUCCAAUUUGGAGAAUGAACUGUCUUGUGCACUAAAUCGCCUGAACGAGUCAGGUAAUUCUUCUUCCGCAAAGUAUGGCUGCAACGAAAUGAAGGAUUUACUCAAAAGCAAUAUAAUAUACAACAACAUAAUUAACAAUAACAUAAUUAACAACAAUAUAAUUAGCAACAAUAUAAUUAACAAUAUAAUUAGCAAUAAUUUCAUGGAGAGUGUCAGCAUAAUCAAUCAGUGCAUGUUGAAUGAGAGUAAGGGGGUGCUUUGCGGAGGGGAGGAUAAGAAGAUGGAGCCAACUGGCAUAGCCACUAAUGUGGCGGAUCACCACAUGAAUGCCAAUUUUCAAAAUGUAAAUCGCACCAGUGAGAAUGACGACGCGGGGGAGUUUCACGUGCGCAGCAUCUACGGAAUGGCGAAUGAGAAAAACGAUUUUUCCCAGAGGGACUCACCCGAUGGCAGUAAAACGUGGCAACUUGCUGAGAGGUACGAACCUGUUCGCAGCGAUGGAGUGAACGCCCCGAGCGGUGUGCCCCCGUCGGCCAUCAACAGGUGCAGCGGUGGGAGAAGCGGUGGUAGCGGCGGUAGAAGCAACGGCAGGGGCGGUAGUAGUAAUGGCAGUGGCGGUCCCACUUUAGCGCGAGACAGCCCUUUUAACAACUCGAGUAAGCCCCCCUACUGCUUCACCCAAUUUGACAACAACUACGUAGAUUCGAAUGCCCCAUAUGAACAGGGAAAGGCAAAAAGUGAAGCCAAAAUGAAGGACGCCCCAUUUUUGAUGAGACAUUCUAAGGUGCCCACCUCAGGGAAAGCCGCCCUUUUGGAUCAAAUGAGAUUUGAACAUGCAGAUGCAAAUGGGGUCAUGAUGAGGGAUGUUCACCCCGAUCUGCAAAAGCGUCCAUGCGUGGGCACUCAAAAUGCCACUCAACUGGAGCGUAACAAUGUAGACGGAAAACAGGGCCAAAGUCAUAACCAAAACGUGGGUGUAAAGCAACGUACCUGCAACCGGGAUGACAGCCAGAGUAAUAUUUCUGCACAGCUAGCCAACACAUAUCGUCUCCGCCAAGACUGUCAAAGGAAUCAAAUUUCAAUUCCAAAUAUGUAUGAGAAGCAGGACAGUGAUAUCCUCUGCAGCUACGUAGAGCUCAUUCCUCUUAACCAAGCAGACAAAAAUGGGAGCGCAAGUAAAUCGUGUCAUUUGGCUAGCGAUACUAAUAGGAGUAUAGGCAUCGAUCAGGUGGGGGGUGAACAACCCAACCGGGCAAAUAACAUCCAUAUGGUCAGUGCAUGUAAGGUUAAUACACCAAUGAGUUUAAAUUUUAAUUUAGACGGUCCCCUCGGUGAAGUGCACCUGAACAGUGGCAAUGUGAGUGGUGAGGCCAGUCGCGUCAACAGGCAGGGCGGGAAAGCGGCCCGCAUCGCCCAGCCGAGUUGCACCAGCAGUCAGGUUAGCCGAAACCAAGUGAGCGAUAACCAUGUUAGCGGAGGCCAAGUUAGCCGAAACCAAGUGAGCUACAACCACGUGGGCACCAACCAGUGGAACGAACUCAUCAAUGGGAGCACUAAUUGUAACCCGAACGGUGCAUGCAAAAGUGGCCUAUCAAGGUGCGUCCAAGGGGGAAGUCAGGAGAAAAAGUGUGCGAUAGGGGUGGUAAAUUUGACCAAACAGAGACAGACAUUGAGGAAGCCAGCUAGUGGGAACUACCCCACUGUGGGCAACUUUGAUGGGCGUCCCCCGAAGGAAGAACAGGGAACAACCAACACACACAGAGAAAUGUGCCAACAAAAUGGAAUGGGGAAAGGUGUAAUGAGUCAUAACGAGAACGUAGCGGGGGAUGCACUCUAUCCUAAUGCACAGAUGCACGAUGGUCAGCACGAACGUAGGGUAAUAAAGAGUCAGUCGAAAAUGCGAAAUGGCGAAUUGGUUAGUCCGGAGAAGGUACCCAUGGGGAUUUCGAUGGGGAAGUGUGGGGAUCACACCUCUGGUGGCACAUGCGUUAGUACCAAUUGUAAAAAGAGCAAAACGCACGAAAUGUGUUGCUCGCUUCAUGGGGCGCACGGGUCGCAUGAAAUGAAAAACCUGUGCGCAUGGCUCACGUCGCUAACUUCCCCCACAUCGCUAACAUCGCUCGAGCCGCAGUUAGCCGCCGAACUGGAAAAAAAAAAAAAAAAAAUAUUAGAUAUUUUGUUUGCUUCCAAUGGUGCAGCACAUUUCGUGAGUAACAAAUCGGUUGGCAGUGGCAGGAACGCUGUGCAAAAGGAGCUAACACAACUUAGUGCAGUAGGCCUAUUGAAGGCCAAAAAAAAAAAAAAAAAAAAUUCCACCUAUCCGUUGAGCAGAACUACAUUACACGAGGGGCACGAUAGUAAUAAAAAAAACAGCCCCAAGAAAAUUGCGAUUGACAAGUGUUAUAGUAGAGGUGAGGAAAAGCAUCAUGGGAGUUUUACUCUUGAGUGUGAAAAUUCAGAGGAGAGAAAAAAGCUUGGGAAUUGCUUCCUCUAUGUGAAGAGAGCGGAUGGGGAAAAAGUGAGUCAUGGGAAGCGCAAAGUUGUUAGCAGUGGCCAGUUUAGCAGUGGCCAAUUUAGAAGUGGCCAUUUCAGCAGUAGCAGCACCAGCACCGUGGGUAGCAGCAAUAGUUGUGGGCAUCCGCAGCAGCGGCUGCAACCUGGGCAUCCACAGGAAGGAGGGACGAGCGGCGUUCCAGACGAAUGUGCUUACAUGAAUGGUAUUUCCAGCCCGGUGAGCGCGUUCCCUAGGACAGGCACUUCUGGAGAAUUGCCAAACGAUUAUGGUACCUUAAAUGGAGAGUCAAGCCCACCUAUGAUGGACGUUACACCACAAGGACCGUUUGACAGCAAAAGGAAUGUAAUCACAGAUGAGCAGCGGUUCAUGAAUUGCGUCGCUAGUGAGUUGUUUGCGUCUGGGGGAGGACCCUCGGGCCCAGGAGGCGCGUUCCCCUAUGGUGGCAGUAGCGGUAGUGGUAGCGGCAGUGGUAGUGGCAGCGGCAGUGGCAGCGGCAGCAGUAACGGUAAUGGUAACCGCAAUAGCAACGGUAAGCGCAAUAGUAACGGUAAUAGCAGUGCCCCUGUUAUGAAGAGUGGCAACCCGAAGGAAGGCAAAACCAUGCGAACACAAAAUGACGCCCUUGUGCAGUGUGAUCUCAGGUGCGGCUGCAGUGACAAGGGAAGAAACGUAGGCAAUAUUAGUACCUACGCCAACAGAGGGGGCUAUAAUGUGGGCUUCCCUACACACGGUGAGGGGUUAAUCAGCAGCAACGAUGGCAACGUUGCGGGCGAAGUCAGCAUGUGCAGCGCCCCCAAUGCUCCGCGCGAAUGUGGCAACUACAUUAUUAUAAACAAUCGCUCCGUAAGCUGCGCUGACGGUACCAAUGGAAGCAAUCAAUUAGGCGAUACUAUUUGCAACCCUGUGCGUGGAGGUGUAAGGGGCAAUAACCCUAAGAGCGAUGAUCAUAACGCUGUGGUUCACACAAACGAGGGGAAUCCUGCUGCCACGUUGAGCUCCUUCCAAGGCGGCUACGGCUCUCUUGCACCCAGUUGUGCAACCUCGGAGAGGUGUGCGAGCAACGCGGGAGAGAUUUCCAAAGGGUACACUGCGAAUGGCGUUAACGGAGCUGGGUGCGUGGCUAGAGUGAGGGGUGUGAGGAGCGUGGGGGGAAUGAGCAGAAUGAGCAGUGUUGGCAAUGUGAGCGGUGCUAACGACUUCAGCAGUGUUAACGACUUCAGUACCGCUAACAGUGUCAACAGCGCUAAAAGGAACCCGCGCAAGGACAAAGCCCAGGGGUGCGAAAAUCAGAUGAAGGAUUUUAUCGCAACGAACAUUCCUAAGGAAGCAACAGAUGGAGAGCACAUGAGGGGUGUGAACCAAUGCGAAAGUGCCAUCUUGAUUAACAAAGAAAUGGGUGGAACUACUACACCCUUUGGGUGCCCAGAAAACGCACAACGGGUGACCACCUUUAAGAUCUCCAAUGGGGGUAUCCAUUCGGAAGGGGUCAAAUGCGUAAAGGGGAUCGCCAUGAGUUCCUUCCAAGCGAGUGACAGAAAAUUUCAGAGCGAUAAUCCCGUUAGUGGCAAUUCUGUAAAAUUACUUAACGGUCAGGACAAAGCCAACUGUAAGGUAAACACUGCGGAGGGGAGUGGACUCCCCAGUUCCUUAAUAAAUGCAGAUGUAAGAAGCAGCAAUGUGAAUCCAUUUUACGGGGAGAAUGAACCUACGUGUAAGAUGGGGAAGGCACAUAUGCCCAAUGUAGCUGCCAACAAUUUCAGCGAUGCAGUUAGUGGGUGCACUGCAAAUGAUGGGAAGGCAACAGAUACCGGGGGGUCUUCGAAGGGGAAGAGUGCAAAUAGGAGGGCACAAAGGGAGAGGCGAAGCACUGGCAGCAGGAGGGCUGCUUCCAUGGCCAAGAUGAAUAACACCAGCAGUACCACUGCGAUCACCCCUUCUAAUCCGCCAAGCGAUGUGCAGAAAAAGGGCAAUACGGAAGAGCACGAACGGGAGGAGGAAGAAGAACUGCACGAGAAGCUGAAGCAUCUUCCCAAAAUCACAGGAGUGAGUUAUGACAAAAAACAAAAACUGUGGGUAUCCCAUUGGAGGUCAAAUUGUAAAACUAUACACAAAUAUUUCUCGGUAAAAAAAUAUGGCUUUCAUAAUGCCAGGUUGCUAGCCAUCAAGUGUCGAAAGCAAAACGCCAAGUAUAUUCCAGCGGAUCUGGUUCUUGGUUACAAGGCGCGUAGGCAGUCGGUGGUCGAAUCUGGGACCCAAUCGAAUGGGAGCGAAAAUGGUGGCGGGGAGAACCUUCCUUCUGGCGAAGAUGUGCAACUUACGGGUAUACUGUCCGAUAAGAAACCCAGUGGGAAAAGCCAUUCGAUCAGAAAGAAACCCAAGGGGAGGAGAAAGAAUUGCCAAGGGGGCGAUUUCCCUCCGGAGCUCCCCAAAAAUGAGAGCGCAGAAUUGGACGCGGAAGGAGGUGGUGCCCAGAAAGGCGAUCCAGGUAUCGGCCCGCAAGGUAGGGCCAAUCCGAUUAGGGUUUCGCAAAAUAUCCCUCAUCAGAGUGAUCAUCCCCGUAGUAGUGGCCAUGCCAGUAUUGCCCUACAGAGCAACGGCCAAACCCAACACCUGCACAUCGCGGAACCACAGAACCGAGGGUGCUCCCCCCCAGAGCAGAGCGAUCAAGGCGUAAUUUACCCGCAGAUGGUGGAGGGCUCCAAGGACCAGGAACAUAUGCUGAGGGAAAACGAGCUGGCCGCCAAAUGCCCCGUUAAUGGUGAAGCAAGCGAUGCGUAUAGUAGUAGCGGCAAGAUGUGCGUGCCCCAUUUUGUGAAGCAACAGGGGGGCCAAGCAGCGAAGGGUUUCGGCGGUGGCGCAGGCGAAAAUGUGGGCAGCGUCUCGAAUGGCUAUUUGGAUGGCAGUUUGCGUGGAAGUAUUAAUGGCAGUUUGAACGGCAGCUUAAAUGGCAGCCUGAAUGGCAGCCUGAACUGCAACGCGAAUGCCCGUGCGAGUGCGCAACCCCCCCAGCAGGCGGAGCAGCGCCAAAUGGUAAGUACCGGGAAGACGAGCCAGCAAAGCGAACACAACGCGAUGCACACAGAACAAGGGAAGAACGAAAAGGUGGAGGAAUCAAAGGGGAAAAAAGACUACCUAAUAAACGCACAACUUUACAACAAACUGAUGAACAAUCAAUUGUAUAAUAAGCUCAUUAACAACCAACUGAGCAACGAUAGAGUGAAAAAUAAUAAUAUUUAUUGUAACCUAAUUAAUAGCAAAUUUUACAUACACGUGAUUAACAAGAAGCUGCAUGCACAGCUGGAGAGGAACCAGAGAGAAGUCCCCAAAGAAGGUUCGAAUGGCUUCUACUAUGGACAGGUUAAGGAAUCUGCCUCUUCGGGGAAAGGCUCAUUUUCGAACAGGGAAAAUUUUGCCAACAAGGAACCUGCGCAGGAUCAGAACGUGCACAAUUUGUUCCUGCGGAGCGGCCCUGUGGGGGGUGCUACUGUUGGUGCUACUGUUGGUGCUACUACCGGGGGCGCUACUUCUGGUAGUACGCGUAAGACGAGCCCUCCUUUUACCAACGCGGGGAAUACACACGGAGGGAAAAUAAUACCCCCCGGUGAAUAUGCUAAUAAUGGUACUAGCCAUUACUCAAAAAAUGAUGAACCCUCAAUUGACGGCAAGCAUAAUGGUUUCCCAAGUGAGUCCCCCCGAUUUGCUGCGUCAACCCCCAUGGUGCAGAACUACGCCAACGUGAAAGACGGUACUAAUUUAUUCAGUUGUGAUGGGUUGCAAAAUGUUAGUGGUUCAAAUAACACCAAGUGCGACAGGAGUUGUGGUGGUCGGCACGCAAAGGAGGAGGCACCCUACUUUAAGGGGGGAGCCCAGAUGACCGAAAAUGAUUUCAGCUGUGAGGGGGCACCAACGUUCGCGAGCGGUGAGAAAUUUCUAAGCGGCGAGAAAUUCCUUAGCGGUGGCACCAUCCAGUUUCGCACCGCCGCUAGUGACAAUCCAGGCGGCGGAGUGGACGUCUGCAGUGCCGUGCGAAAUAACCACCAAGUGAAGGAUGCUAUGAACCCAUAUGUAAACAGGGAAGCGCCCAUCGGCGGUGGUGGCAAUAACAGCAGGGUGAAUGGAAGCGGCGUGGAGGACGGUGGCGUCCUGCUCAACCGCAUGGCGGCGCAGGGCAGGCACUUCUUCCCGGCGAGCAGUGGGGGCAGCAAUAGCGGCAGUAGUAACAAUGGGAGCAAUCGCGGCAGCCACCAUAGCAGCAAUCACGGUAGCCACCAAAGCAGCCACCAAAGCAGCCACCAAAGUAGCCACCACAGCAGCAACCACAGCAACUACCACCGCAGUGACGGCCGAGACGCGUUAGAGGAAAAAUUCACCCCCAUCGGCAACGACCCCCUGAAGGACACAGGCCAGUAUGCAUGCAGUGGCAGUUUCGAAGGUAACAAUCACUACGGAGCUCCGUUUUAUGCGAACGGAAAGUACCCUCAUAGAAAGGGCGCAGAUGUGGAAAGGGCAAUUAUGCAGGAAGGCUAUUUGUUAAGCGAUCGAAUGGGCGAUGAAAUUUUGAAUGGGGGACAUUCCAAGUUGGGGGAAGCCGACGGAGUGCGUUGCUCCCAUGGGGGAAGUCCCCAGCAAGACCCAAACGGAAGCAACCCGGUGAACAAAAUAGACGAAGAAAAAAACAAACUGAUGAUUUCGAAGAUCACCACAAAAUAUAUACUGACAGAUAUCAAAAAUAAAUGCCUAAGAAACUGCUCUAGUAAUUUUUUAAAACAUUUUCCAGAUAUAAAAAAUGUCAUUAACAAACACAUUAACAAAAUUUCGGAGGCGAAUUCUAUUUACACCAUACGGCCGUAUAUUCAGCUGUUUAGCAACCUGCUGGAGAAGAGAAAGCUGCUCCACAUGCUCGCCCCGAAUGCGCAGGAGUUGUACAUUUACAGCCUGCAGAAGUUGCCCCUUUGAUUGUCCUGUGCGGGGGUUCCCCAUGAUUUUGUGGCGCUCAUUUGUGGCGCUCAUUUGCAGCGUUCAUUUGCGUCUCUUUUCAGCCGCGCUGCAUUCCUUUUUUGCAAUUUUUCCCCCUUUUUUUUUUUACCGUGCAGUGCCCCACGGGACACCACUUGGCGUCCAUCCUUUCCAUCUCCACACAUGUGAGCGACUAUGUUUGUGUGCGGAUAGGGGAAUAUACCACGUACGUACGACCCAUUUCUGCGUGUAUAAUGUUCUCAUUGCGGCUCUGUGGAUGCUCGCCGAAGGUCACAUGGAUAUUUGUGCAGUGGCAACUUCGCGCGCGACUUCGUUCGCAGACAGGUCUUCAUCUUCGUGCGUGGGUAUUCGCCCAUAAAUCUGCUUUUGCGUUUGUACUCUUUCGCGUAUGUAUAUACGUACGUACGUACGUACGUAUGUGUGUGUGUGUGUGUGUACUGGUGAGGCGAAUCAGCGCGCUCACCUGUGCGUACCAACCACCUGGUAAGAUACGUACGAUUAUCUGCAUUUUUUCACGUGGGGACUCCUCCCCUGUAGAAAACGUUUAACACCCAGAGUGAGGCAUACGUUUGUGCUGUGUGCAGUUGUAAGUGCUGCAUUUUAUUUCUUUCUUUCCUUUCUUUUUUUUUUUUUUUUUUUCCAUCCCCCCCCUUUGUUAAAUAACUACCAAAUGACCUUUGCAAAGUUGCA